UUUCAUUUUAUAAAUCACAGUCACCAUCUUCAAAAACAUUUCCUAAUUUCUCAUGCAAUCGAUACUAACCAAAUUAGCCAGCCCAUAUAAUACAUCUAACUAACAAAACAAGGAUAUAUUCAUCUUUUUUCUUGAACCUGAACCAUAGCACAUGACAUCUGGUUUCUAAAGCUUACACCCUUUUACUCCACAGUUUUGAUUUUGGUAUCCAAUUAGUGAAAUUAAAUGGGUGGUCAUUGCCAUAUUCUUAAUUCGAUUGAACUUGGAAAACCCACCAUCAUAAAAUUAACCACGAAACACGUGCUCCUCGCCUGACUUUUGAUCUACGCACUUAAUCCAACGGCUACUGCUCCUUUUCAAACUCGCAGCACCGGCUAUAGUAGUGGUGGUGCUCCCAAUAUGAAUCUGUUACCGACUGACAAAAACACUGAUCUGACAACACGUGUCCCUCUCUCUAGCACUCCAUGCCAUCUAAACCCGGUAAAACAACUUUGAUAGGCAUUCUUUUGUACUAAAACAGCACAUUUAUUACUCAACUUAGCAAACCUCAAAACCCUAAUAAAUUCCCUCCGUUUGCAAUCCACCACCAUGAAACGAUCUACCGUUUAAAUAUUGUCCAAAAUCUGACAGCUAAUAUACAGAAUGGCGUUAUUAGAUCUGAAUUUGAGUAUUCUCUCAUCCGAGGAACAACUUCAGUGCGUAUGGUUAUUGAACUUUAAGAUCCAAUAGAAAUAUUGAUUAAGAAUGAGAACAUGGAGUGGAUGGCGUCGUUUCAUCCUUUCUUUCUUUCUGCUUCUCGUCAUCUUUCAUAUCUUCUCUGUGCUGGAAUUGCAUUCGAACUCGGUCACUGAAGCUCCCCAGAAGAAUCGGAAUAAAAAGUCUGAUCAUCUGGUUCUUGGGCCUGCUGCUGGCCAAGGCUUGCCUGAUCGGUUGCAAUGUGAAGGCUCCAAAGCUCUCAACAAAACCCAUUUGCUGGAUUCUUCCUCUGGCUCCAAUGUUGGAGAUAACGUUGCAUUUGUUACCGUCUUUACCAUUUACAACACUUCACUGGAUUCUCUUCCUAAUGAUAGAUCAUCAAACUUUGUCACUGUUGGGAAUGUUUCUUACAGUAAGACAGAGAGGUCAAUGGCCAUUUUGAAUGUAUUCAUUAAUUUCAUUCAGGUGACUAUGCCUCAAAGCAAUGUUAUCAUCCUAACUGAUCCAGCAUCUGAUCUCUUGCUGCAAAGAGAUAAAGUUACUCUGUAUCCUAUUCAGGGAGAAUAUUCUAGAGAAAAGUUGAUGCUUCAAAGAAUCAGAUCUUACAUUAAUUUUCUAGACACGAAGCUCAAGGAGCUUGCUAAGAACCCAGUUCAUAAAAGCCAUUACAUCUUUACAGACUCAGAUAUAGCUGUGGUUGAUGACCUCGGGCGCAUUUUUCAUGAAUAUCGAAAUUUCCAUAUAGCCCUCACCUUCCGCAACAACAAAGAGCAGCCUUUAAAUUCUGGGUUUAUUGCAGUAAGGGGGACUGCCGAGUCAAUUUUGAGAGCAAAGAUUUUCCUUCAGCAUGUGCUAGAAGUCUACACUUCCAAGUACAUGAAUGCUUCUCGAAUGCUUGGAGAUCAGUUAGCUCUUGCGUGGGUCAUAAGAUCACACCCUGGCUUUGAUCUGUCGAGAUUUCGUAAAGCACAGGCUUUUAUGGAUGAGAUGGGAGGUGCAUCAGUCCUCUUUCUACCAUGUGCUACAUAUAAUUGGACACCACCUGAGGGAGCAGGUCAAUUUCACGGAAUGCCUUUGGAUGUCAAGGUGGUGCAUUUUAAGGGAUCAAGGAAACGUCUAAUGCUCGAAUCAUGGAAUUUCUUCAGAUCUGCUUCUGACAUUUCUGAUAUGUUGUGCCUUAUUUUAAUGAGUGGUAGAACUAAGUAUGAUUUCUGAUAUGUAAUACUUGCUUCUUAUUUUUUUAAAUUCUCUUGAUUUUUA